ACAUACUUGCAUAAUUCAAUAAUGUUGCAGCUAUGGAAAACGUUGCGCGGCUCACAACUUGCCCCAGCCGUUCGCGCAUUUUCAGCCCUAAGCGCAACAUCUGCGCCGGGUAAAGUUGAUGUGGAACCCAUUCCGGCAUCAGAACUCGACAAACUAUACAGCAAGUUGGAAAUAGAGCUGCGGGGCGUUGAUCCGGCCGUGCUGAAGAGCUACACGUGGUUCGCCAAUACUGCUGCGGGGCAUUUGGGUAUUGAGACGGGCAAAUGCUGGGCACCGCGUAAGGCACAUCAUGACCGCUUGACUCUGCUGAAGUCUGUGCACAUCUAUAAGAAACAUCGCGCCCAGUAUGAGGUGCGCACAUAUUUCUAUUACUUAACCUACCACAAAUUGACGGGCUCAACAAUGGACACUUUUCUGGAAUACAUUGAGCGUAACCUGCCCGAAGGCGUAGCGUUGCAAGCCUCUAAAACGGAACUGCAGCAGAUACCAGAACACUUGAGCAAGCCUCCAGAACAAGUGUAGCAUUUUUUUAGAUGGAGACAUGUGUAUGUCCACAUAUAUGUAUGAUCGAUCUAUAUUCGAGAUUUUAUUGUGGUUUAAAUCUCGUUGUAGCUACCAAUGAUAAGCAACUGUCAAUAGCAUAGUAGCGAUUAGGUAAACAGUAAUCAGCGGAAUACGUAGCCAUAUUAUUCGAAAAUAUAAGCAUAAAUGUGUACUUAUUCUAUUGAUAACUAAUACCAAUUGCUGGGCUUGCGGACCCCAUUAGCAUUAAAAACAAUCAAAUAAAACUGAAACAAUAGCUCCUA